GAACUUUCAGUUAUUGUUUGUUCUGUCAGUUCACAGAGAUUCAUGGUGAAAGAUUUUACAGGAAAGACAUGAUGUUGCGAAUAUUUGGGAUAAUAUAUCUUUUUCUUCUUGUUCUUACUCUCGCAAAAGUUGAUAUACAAGUUUUUCUGAACAGUGAAAAGGCUAACCGGGUGCUAACACGACAAAAACGUGCCAAUGGUCCAUUUGAAGAGUUCAGAGAAGGUAAUAUGGAGAGAGAAUGCAAUGAAGAAGGAUGUUCAUUUGAAGAGGCCAGGGAAAUCUUUGAAGAUACUGAGAAAACUAGUGCGUUCUGGAAUCAGUAUGUAGAUGGUAAUCAAUGUGAAUCCAACCCCUGCAGGAACAGGGGCAGAUGUCAGGACGGUAUUGGUCUGUACACGUGCAACUGCUUAAAGGGCUAUCAUGGCAAGAACUGUGAAAUUGAGACCCCGAAGCUGUGUGGCCUGAACAAUGGAGGCUGUGUUCACUUCUGCAAAGUCCACAGAGAAAGUGUUGACUGUUCCUGUGCAAAAGAUUAUGAGUCAAGGGGAAAGUAUUGCAUUCCUCAAGUACCUUAUCCCUGUGGAAGAAUUGAAACCCGCUUGAUCCAUUCAGUAAGGAGCCUGGAGACCAGUCCAGUUUUAAAUAAUGAUACUGACAUUACCAGUAUUCCUUCUCCUCAAAGCCUUCCUACUGAAAGCAAUAAUUCUGCAUCCAACAUCACAAAAAUAAUUCAAAGUGGUCCUCAAACACCUGACAGGAGGAUAGUUGGCGGACUUGAUUGUCUUCCUGGAAACUGCCCAUGGCAGGUCCUUUUAUUGAAUCAAAAUAAUGAAGGAUUUUGUGGUGGCACCAUUCUUACAGAUCAAAUUGUGCUGACUGCAGCUCAUUGCCUCAACCAAACACCAACAUUUACAAUUGUUGCAGGAGAGUUUGACGUAACUUUGGAAGAGGGACAUGAGCAAUACCGACAAGUUCACAGGAUUGCUUCUCAUCUAAAGUUUCAGAAAAAAUCGUACAAUAAUGACAUAGCAUUAUUAAAGUUAUCAAAACCAUUAGUGUUUAACAAUUAUGUUAUCCCAGUUUGCCUGCCUGAGAAAAGAUUUGCAGAACAGGUUUUGAUGAAUAUGCCUAAUGCAUUAGUUAGUGGAUGGGGUCGGAUAUAUGAACAUGGGGCAACAGCAUCCAAACUUCAGCAACUUAGUGUUCCAUAUGUUGAUCGACUCAAGUGUGUGGAAUCAAGCAAGUUCCCGGUUUCAAAAAACAUGUUUUGUGCUGGUUAUGAUAAAGAAAAUAAAGAUGCAUGUCAAGGAGAUAGUGGUGGCCCUCAUGUCACAAAGUACAGGGAUACCUGGUUCUUAACUGGCAUUGUGAGUUGGGGAGAAGGAUGCGCAAUGAAAGGGAAAUAUGGCAUUUACACAAAAACAUCAAAUUACUUACAGUGGAUUAAAAACUCAAUAAAUGAGCUCAAUAAUUUAAAUGAUACAAUUUCAUAACUGAGAUAAUAUUACAAUAUAAUGGAAUACUACCAGAUUUCCACAAGUGCAUGAAGUUUGUUCACAGAUAAGUGUUAAUAAAUUUUGCUUCUUCAAUAGCUCAGAAGUAUACUGAAAAUAAUAGAUAGAUAAUAAAUUAUCUAUUAUUUACAAUACGAUUAUGCAAUAUACUGGGCUAUAAAUUGUUGUAGUACACUAUAUAAUAAAUAGUGAAUUCAAUGGCAUUUUGUCCAAAUUUGUGCUUUUGAUAGACGAAAAAGUACAGAAUGUCUAGCAGUGGAAGAUUUCAAAUAAACCAUGAAUAAUAACAAAUU